GCAAACACUUCCAUCUCUAGCAUCAGGCGACAAAGAAAGCAGGAACAAAAUUGCUCCAAUUGUGCGAUUUCUUAUAAUAAAAGUGCCUCAAAAGUGCUACUUAUUGUCUUUUGCUUUGUGUUGAAUUUAGCGCGCCUUUCCGCUCAAGUAUUUGCCGUUCUUGCGACCGAUUGUGUCUGAAAAAUGGAGGAUUACAGUCACAAUGAAUCCAAUGCCAAUGCCAAAGACGACGACAAUCAUGUGAUCAUCGAUGAGUACAAAAUUUGGAAGAAGAAUACACCGUUUAUGUACGAUGAGAUUGUGACACACGUGCUGGAGUGGCCAUCCUUGACGGCCCAGUGGCUGCCGGUUGCCACCAGGCAGGAUGGCGGCGAAUACUCGAUGCAUCGCCUCAUUUUGGGCACACACACAACGCACAACGUGCCGAAUCACUUGAUGAUUGCCAGCGUGCCAAUACCCACCGAGGAGGCGCAGACUGAUAGGUCGCACUACGACAGCGAGAAGGGCGAGUACGGUGGCUUUGGUUCGGGUUUUGGCAAACUCGAGAUGGAGGUCAUCAUCAACCACGAGGGUGAGGUGAACCGUGCCCGCUACAUGCCACAAAACGCUCGCAUUAUUGCCACCAAAUCGCCAAAAUGCGAUGUCCUCGUGUUUGACUACACAAAGCACCCGACUAAGCCGGGCAGUUCCGGCCAAUGUGUGCCAGAGCUGCGCCUGCGCGGCCACACAAAGGAGGGCUUUGGCCUCGCCUGGAAUCCCAAAGAGACGGGUUCUUUGUUGUCGGCUUCUGAUGAUGAAACCAUCUGCUUUUGGGACAUAAAUGCCUCGCCCAAGGCACAACGCGUGAUCGAUGCCAAGAACAUUUUCACCGGACACCACGCUCCGGUUCAGGAUGUCGCCUGGCAUAAUCAGCAUGACUCGAUCUUUGGUUCCGUGGCCGAUGACCGCAAGCUCAUGAUCUGGGACAUACGCAACGGCGACACCACAAAGCCAUUGUCUACCACCGAUGCCCAUGCGGACGUAGUCAAUUGUCUGUGCUUCAAUCCCAUCUCACAGUUCACAUUGGUCACUGGAUCCGCUGACAAGACAAUUGCCCUGUGGGAUUUGCGCAAUCAGAGCAAGAAAUUGCAUUCGUUUGAGGGGCACAGGGGCGAGAUCACCCAGAUUCAAUGGUCGCCCGAAAAUGAAACUAUCAUCGCUUCGGCCAGCAGCGAUCGCCGCUUGAACGUCUGGGAUUUGUCGAAAAUUGGCGACGAACAAUGCCCCGACGAUGCCGAGGAUGGACCGCCAGAGCUGCUCUUUAUCCACGGCGGACAUACAGCCAGGAUCAACGACUUGUCGUGGAAUCCCAACUUCAUGUGUCCCUGGACCAUGUGCUCUGUGUCCGAUGACAAUGUGUUGCAAGUGUGGCAAAUGGCUGAAAUUAUGUUCCUGGACGAAGAGGAGGAGGAGGAGGAGUAGUCCGUUAGCCGUCCGUAUUCAAGCAAACAAUAAGGCUAACCUAAUUAAUCCUUUUGCAGUGGCUGUCAGAAUAAGAUUUGCAUCAAAUAUCCUACAGAAUGAGACAUUGUCUCUACUUAUAUCAUAAUACAACCAAACAUACAUACAUAUAUGUACUUAAUAGAUCAUAUCUCAUUUGCUUGUCAUUAAUUGUAGAUUUUCGGAGGCUACAAAAUA